AUGUCACAUUUUGAUCCCAUCAGAUCUAAUCAUGUUAACCUGUCGCAGCGUCUCAGCCGCUUUCUUGACCGUCCAGGCUUCCCAUGGAAACGACUAAUCGUCGGCUUCUCCGUUGCCCAAUACGUGUUCGAAGGAUUUCUCUCACUACGUCAAUACCAGAUCCUUCAGCAAAAGAAGCCACCAAAAGUCCUAGAGGGCGAAGUUCCUCAAGAAACCUUUGACAAGAGCCAGGCUUAUGGAAGGGCAAAGGCCAAAUUCGGCUUCUGGGCGGGCAUAUACUCUCAAAUACAGAAUUACGGUGUCAUCUACUAUGACCUACUACCGAAGAUAUGGGCUUUGACAGGCGUAUGGCUUAUAAAAUAUGUCCCUGAACGAUUCGCGGGGGAGAUCGUCCAUACACUCAUUUUCUUCUUCACCUACACUUUUGCGACUACGAUCUUGAACCUGCCUAUCGACUAUUACAGCCAUUUUGUCCUCGAGGAGAAGUUCGGUUUCAACAAACAAACGAUCAAACUAUGGGUUAGCGACUUCUUCAAGGGUCAAGCACUGAUGGUGGCCUUCGGUGCUCCAUUGCUGAGUGGCUUUCUCGCUAUUGUACAAAAGACGGGCAACAGCUUCUUCUUCUAUCUGUGGCUAUUCUCGAUUGGCGUACAAGCUUUUGCCAUCACCAUCUACCCUAUCUUCAUCCUUCCCUUGUUCAACAAAUUGUCCCCGUUAGAUCCAGGAGAUCUUAAAUCCGGAGUCGAAAGUCUAGCCAAGCGUCUCGAAUUCCCUUUGAACAGUCUGUACGUGAUCGACGGCAGCAAGAGAAGUGCGCACAGCAAUGCAUACUUCUAUGGCCUUCCAUGGAAGAAGCACAUCGUCAUUUAUGACACCCUCAUAGACAAGAGUGAGACUGAGGAGGUGAUUGCUGUCUUGGGGCACGAACUCGGACAUUGGAAGCUUGGACACACCACGAAGCUCUUCGGUAUCGCUCAGCUGCAUAUUUUCUACAUCUUCACUCUCUUCUCCGUCUUCAUCAACAACCGGUCAUUGUAUCAAUCAUUCGGCUUUCACACGGAGUUCCCAAUCAUUAUUGGCUUUCUCCUAUUCUCGGAUGCUCUAGCUCCCAUGGACACCAUCGUGAAGCUGCUCAUGAACAUACUCAGCAGAACAUUUGAAUUCCAAGCUGACGACUUCGCCGUCAAGCUUGGCUACUCCACCGACCUCGCCAAAUCCCUAAUCAAGCUUCAGGUCCAGAACCUCAGCACCAUGGACGCUGAUUGGAUGUAUGCCAGCUACCACUUCUCCCACCCCAUUCUUCCAGAGCGACUCGGCGCUCUCGGGUGGAAGCCAAGUGAAAAGGCCGUCAGCAAGCAGCUGGAUGAUGAAAAGCCCGUCAAAGCCUCAGAUAGAGAGUUGUAG